GCAAUAGAAGUCGACCAGUCGGUAUCAGCUCCUGAAUAUCGCUUGAGCGAGCGAAGCAUCGUCACUCUAGAAAACCAAGCUAUCCAUGAAGACGUAAUGGCUUUUUUGACAAAAUUUGAGGGCCUCCGUCUCGAAAGUUCGCAUAAUCGCGCAUCUGUUGCAGAGGAAAAGCCAGGGUCUGGAGAAGACGAAUCCCCAAGUGUCAGCAAUGAUAGCCUUCCUUUCUCCGGACAUCAAGCCGCAAUUAAAAAUGCGGUUGUGGGCAUUGGCGCGUGGUUUUCUGAUCCACUUCUCGCUGGGCCGCGUUGUCUUGUUCAUGAAGACUUUAUGACCACUGAGAGUGAGGAUGAAUCUAGCCUUGCUGAGGAUAGGAACGGCGUCCUAGUUGAUGAGCCCCUGGAUGCAGGUUCUUUAAAGACCGUUUCCGAUUCUGGUAGACCUGAUAUUUGUGCUACAGCCGUUGCUACAACGCCUGUCAACGGUUUGCUCGAUCCUUCAACAAUUGGAUCUAGCUGUCUUACAAACGCGUAUAAGAAAUUAGCGGUCGGAGAUGAUCAGCUCCACACUGCUCAGCAAAUAGUUAACUGUCCUUGGGCUAUCGAAAGGCGAGUACCACCUCAGCCUAACUCACGAAUUAGAGUACCGGAGGUAGGACCAUACUCCCACAUUCGAGACGAUGCGAAAGCUCUGACGGCCUUGUACUACAAAGGCAAAACCAGAUACUGGGGCCACGCAAUCACGGAGGAUGAAAACGCAAUUAGAGGGUUCAAGCUCCUUCUUCUUAGAGAUGAAGAUCUCCAAGACGAUAUUCAGAAGUCGCCAUAUUUAGAGAAUGCCAAAAUGAAAUUGAAAAGGCUCGGUACCAGUCCAGAGAAGCUGUGGCAGACGACCUUUCCCUGCUUUGGGAGGACACAUAUUCGUAUGAAACAAGCCCGAGGAUCAGGGUCUAUCGAUGGAUUGCCAUUCAAGAUCAUUCUCACUGUACCGACGAUUUGGAAGCCGUGUGCUCAUCAAAAAAUGUAUAAUGCCGCUAGUAUGGCUGGCAUUCUGAAACACAGAGAAUGCGGAAAGACAACGUUGAAUUUUAUUUCAGAAUCCGAGGCUGCAGCUCUAGCCAUACUGAACGAACUUCAAAACAGCAAUAGUAUUAAAAAAGGUGACAUAUGCAUUGUUUGCGACAUCGCUGGUGGUACUACAGAUCUGAUCAGCUAUAAAGUCACAGACACUGACCCGUUGACAUUAUAUGAGAGCGUAGAGGGAAAAGGGAAUCUUGGAGGCGGUACUUUCGUUGACGAAAUCUUUCAAGCCCACAUUAUGUCUCCAAUUGGUCCAGAAAUAUGGGAAAAAGUAAGCCACUCGAUUAAAGUCAAAUUCAUGAACGAUGAGUGGGAGUUCGGAAUCAAGCGUGCAUUUGACGGUGAUGCAGACAAGAAUUGGACGUGUCAACUCCCCCUAGAUAUCGUUAGACAUUUCAGACCACAUCGAAAGAAUGACUGUAGAAAUGCGGCACAGAUGGGUCAUGGAUAG